ACCAUCAAAAUGAAGUUCUUCGCUAUUGCCGCUACCUUCGCCGCCACCGCCAUGGCCCUUCCCAGCGCCAACGGUGCCCACAAGGACCCCAAGCAGUUGUCCCUCGAGCAGGCCCAGAACACCUGCGGUAAAGCUCAGGUUUCCUGCUGCAACAAGCAGAUCUCCUCUGGCGACAGCUUCGAGAAGAACGAGGGUAUCCUCAACGGUGUCCUCAGCGGUCUCCUCGGUGACAAGGGCAGCCAGGGUCUUGGUCUCUUCGACCAGUGCAGCAAGCUCGAUGUCUCUGUACUCAUUGGUCUCAGCGACCUCCUUGGCAACUCCGAUUGCAACCAGAACAUUGCCUGCUGCGAUGCUACCAACGCUGAGGCUGAGGGUGGUCUCGUCAACGUUGCCCUGCCUUGCGUCCAGCUCCAGGACCUCAUCUAGAU